UCCUUUUUUUGGCCUUAUCAUCGCCCGCCGCCCGCUAACUGGAAAGCGACAUGGCAGAAGGGUGAAAAGGGCAGCGCUUUGCCACAGAGGCAAAAGAGGUAACGGACAAGCGGCGGCGGCGGUCGGCGGUGACAGAGAUGUCCUCUUCGGCAGCGAGAAAUCUGCGGGCCGAGAAGGUCCGACGCAUCUUCGAGAGAUUCGACUCCAAUACUGACGGUGGAUUGAAUCGCGAAGAGAUGGCGGCGCUUGUGGUGGCCGUAAAUCCUCGCGUGAAAUUCUCCGAAGAACAGAUCUCCGCCAUCCUCGACGAGGUUUUCCGCACCUACUCCGAGUUCAUCGAUCAACCCGCCGGCCUCACUCUCCAUGGCCUCCUCCGCACCUACGACGACGGCGCAGGAGAUGUCGACCGUGAUUUCGAUGCCCUAUCACUCUCUCUCCCUCAUUCCCCUUCCCCAUCCUCUCCCUCCGCGGCUUCGGUGGCCGCCACAGUUCACGCCGCCGCCGCAGAUGACCCAUCCACCUCCUCCAUCGUCGACACCUCUUUUCCUCCAAAGCGAUCGUCCGCCGCCCCCUGGGUUUCUUCUUCACCUAAUCACGGCAUCGCCUUCGAUUCCACCUGGCCACUUCUCGAUGACCUAGAAAUGCUCAUCAAGCGCCUUCGAGCCAAGCAAUUUCAGAAAUCCGGUACCGAUAACAACAACGGCAAUAACAACUUCGAUUCAUUUUCCGAGGCAGGAUGGUCGCGGGAGAUCGAUCACGCUGAACGGCGGUUUCAUUGGGACGAGUUUAGCGCAGACUACGCCUUAUUUGUGAAGGAGCUCACCGCGCUCCGCGGCCGCGCUGAUGCCACUGGACGUGACGAGGCUUUCGACGCACACAUGGCCAUUGGUCGAUCCCUCUACGAGCACCACCUCUUCCGCGAGGCGCUCAACAGCUUCCGCCGCGCCUGCGAGCUUGUUCCCACUGACGUCCGCCCCCAUUUCCGCGCGGGCACCGCGCUCUACGCCCUAGGCCGUCACGGUGAAGCGAAGGAGGAGUUUCUGCUCGCUCUCGAGGCUGCGGAGGCAAGCGGGAAUCAGUGUGCGCAGCUUUUACCCCAGAUCCAUGUGAACCUUGGGAUCUCGCUCGAAGGAGAGGGCAUGGUGAUGAACGCCUGCGAGCAUUAUCGUGAGGCUGCUAUUCUCUGCCCCACUCAUUUCCGUGCUCUGAAACUACUCGGAAGCGCGCUCUUUGGAGUGGGCGAGUACCGUGCCGCCGAGAAGGCUCUUGAAGAAGCUGUCUUUCUCCGUCCUGACUAUGCUGAUGCCCACUGUGACCUAGGCUCCGCCCUGCAUGCGAUGGGUGAGGACGAGCGAGCAAUUCAAGAAUUUCAGAAGGCGAUUGAUCUCAAACCCGGGCAUGUAGAUGCGCUGUAUAACCUUGGGGGCUUGUUAAUGGACGCUGGGAGGUUUGCCAGGGCGUCGGAGAUGUACACUAGGGUUUUGGCUGUUCGACCUAAUAGUUGGAGGGCCCAGCUUAACAAGGCUGUAGCUUUGUUGGGUGCUAGCGAAAAUGAGGAGGCCAAUAAAGCUCUUAAGGAGGCAUUCAAGAUGACCAAGAGGAUGGAGGUUUAUGAUGCAAUUGCUCAUCUUAAGAUGCUUCAUAAGAAGAAGCACAGAAAAGGUGGUGGUGUUGUUGAUGGGGAGGGGGAGUUUCUCGUGGUAGAAGCUUCAAAAUUCAAGAGAAUCGGGAGGAAAACAACUCUGAGGCAGGAUCUUGCAAAUGCUUUAGAGAUCAGAGCUUUCCAGAGGCUCACUAGAUUAGACCACUGUGACAUUGAACAAUUGAAGAAGGAAAUGAGUGAGACUAAUGUUCCUUUAUCUUAUUCUGGUACUGGUGCUCCUGUAAAAUCUAUCAGAAAGGCAGGGUUAGAGAUGAUCUUGCAAAAGCUGCUUCAAUUUCUGAAGGCAGAAACUUUUCAGGGAUCUGUAAAGGCAGUCAAUGAGAAGAUUUUAUCUAUCAUGGAUGCUUCAUGCUCUGGUCGUGUGGAUUUGGGAAUGUUCUUUGCUGUCAUUGCUCCCAUUUGCUCAGGUCCAACUGAUAGGAGGAAAAGGGUAGUGUUUGAGGCUCUCUUAUGGCGGCAGACCAAUGAGGGCAGGGGAACACUGAUCAGAAGAAGUGAUGCCAUUGAAUAUAUCAAGCUGUUGAGAGCUGUGUAUAUCCCUUCUCAUGGUAUUAGUGACAUGAUGGAGCUGCAUGGAGGAUCCGAUCCCUCUAUGAUCUCCUAUAGUGAGUUUCUUGAGAUUUUCAAUGACCAAGAUUGGGGUUUUGGAAUUUUAAGCACAUUGGUUAAGCUUGAAACAGGUGAUCGAAUACGUCAUGGCAAGCAUACUUGCUCCAUAUGCCAAUAUCCAAUCAUUGGAUCUAGAUUCAGGGAGGCAAGACAACAUUUUAGCCUUUGUAACCGUUGCUACAGUGAAGGAAAGGUGCCCUCUGCUUUCAAACAGGAAGAAUAUAGGUUCAAAGAAUAUGGGAACGAGAUGGAAGCCAUUAAAGAUAAGUGUACAUGCUUUACUCUGAAUUCUAAGAGCCUUGAAACUGAUCCCUAGCUUGGUUUACAUCGUUAUCUUCAGUGUAUUUUUGCAUCUGAUAGUGCAAGUAUGAUGCUAUACUAAACUAGCCAACAUGUUGUAUUAGCAUGUUUUCUGUAAAGCAAGACUACGUUGAGGUAGAUAUUUUUUGGUUUGUCCAAUUUUUUAUUAUUCAUCGACAGGAAUUAU